AUGUCAUCAAAAUUAAAAAAUCAUAGUGCGUCAUAUGGGAGUGGCAGGGCCGAACCUGGUCCUGGCUCGGCUACACAGUUGGCUAGAGACUACCUUCGAGAAAGAUUAUAUGGAAAUUCCAAACAAGGGUUCAUCGAUAUGAAGCCAUAUCCCUCGCAAAUCAUACAAGUAGGGUCAAAAAGACGAUUCAGGACUCAUAAAAAUUCCCUGCGAGAUGACCUAUGGCCAGGAGUCAUUCAAGCAGAGAAGCAGGCUGAGAAGGAGAGAGGUAGAAGACGGCACAAGCAAAGACGAAGGCCAUCUGACCUGACUCUGCCACCCAGCAAUGCCAUAUUCCAAAGCCCGCCAGGCAAUUACCCAGGCGGCUCACGGGAGUCCUCAGCCCCGAGGUUACCGGGUGGUGGUAGUUUCGGGCGCGAGAACCACUCCGGGGCAGGGGGCGGCUCUCCCAGAAGAUAUUCAUUAUAUCCAAAUGGGGAUGAGCCUUCUGUCGCAGACAUGCGCCAAAAACACGCGGCAAUCGUCUUGGGAGAAUUGGAGCGUGUCAUUCCCCCAUCCAAGUCUGUGUUGGAAAACCUUCGGGCAUCAGCAAGACCGCAUCCACUUACCUGGGCCACCAUAUCUGGGCCCAUUGGCACAUCCUUCUGGAACCCCCCCGAGAUCUCCCCUCCCAAUUUUUCCUCUUCUGUAUCCCCACAACACAAAUACACAUCCAUACCUCCCUAUUCCCACAACAGCGCAAACCGCCUUGCAGUCCCUCAUCACCCUGCACUUUCGAACAAUGCAAAUUCAGCCGGCCUCCCCGAGGGUGGUCACCGCCGUUCCGCCCUCUCAAGCCUAGCUUUCUCCGCCGACCUCCUCGAUUCGACAAGGAGAACGAUUACCUCCGCCAUCCGCCGCAGUGCCGAGAAGACAGUUCAUAGCUUCUCCCAUCGCGGCAACGAUGCCAUCUACCCCGACGAUGAUGACGAAAGCUUCUACUGCAUAGGGGAGCCUCUUCCACCACCCUUCCAUCAUACAGAAACAAUUCUAAGCCCCGUUUCUAGUUUCACGUCCUCAAUCCACAGUUCCGAUCUCUGCCUCGAUUCCUCCGGGGUUGCUUGCAGAAGACGACCGAUCCCGGAGAAUAAGGGUGUGUGGAUGGAUGCAGAGGUUGUGUGCAGGUUGUGCAAGAGGAAAUGCCCAGCAGGGCCAAGAGGAUUGUGCUCAAACUGCGAGGAAGAAUUCAAGAGGCCUGUCACGAGGUACGUAGACUUCCCCUUUGAUGGAGAGAUCGAGCCGAUACUACCGCUGAGGAUUGUGAAGGUAGCUGCUAAAAACUGUGGGUUUGAAAACAACACUAACCAACUGCCAACUCCAAACAGUGCAACAAAACCCAGGAAGCCAGUGAGUAUAUUUGGUCAAGACCCCGGCCCGGCGCCGACGAUUCCGCUGCCGCAAAUACCGACCAAGAACGCGAAGGCGCAGACCAGUGAAAGUGCCCUUGAGCUACGACUUCCAUCCGUGGAGCACCGUGCGAGAGUGGACGAGUCGCCAGUAUAUACGAGCCAGGAGGCCGAGGUGCAGAGCGUGUUACAAACUGCGAUGUCUCUGCGCACUAAAAAUCGCCUCGUGAGGAGAAAGAAUCUAGAAUCGACGCCGAGGGGGCCGCAAGACGAGUGGAACCCCUCCGAUCUGCGCGUGGCAUACAAUAACACGGCCGAAACCGCGCUUUCUGAUAAUGUUGCGCGAGAAGAGAAACCAAAGGAAACCAUACCGACGAUAGUGGGCGACGAGGAUUUGGCGGGGAGAGGAAGGCGGGGGUCAUUGAUUAGGGGAUCCGAUAACAGAAGGCGGCCGAAUUCGCGUGGAGAAGAAGCCAAACACGACCAAGGGAUAGUGAGGAGGGAUACAUCGUUCUAUAGCUUUUAUGAUGAGAUUUUAAAGGAUGCAAAGGAGAGGCCUGCGAGGAGGCGGGAUGAUGGACGUGGUUGA